CACAAGGUCUAUACGGCGCAUGGGGUGUAGACCCUACUGAUACCAAGAUUUCCAAGGAAGCGCUGUUAUGUCAUCAGUAAUCGCCGGGCAAAACAGACCAAACUUCCCGGUUGACCAUGAAGCCUCUUGCCAGAUAAAAUGUGCUACCUAGAUUCCUGUCCUUCCUUCUCGUGCCUUGAAGAUCACUUUCAGUAACUAAGCCACUUAAGAGUGGAGUUCUCUGUCUAGUGAUCCAGUCUUGUUUACAUUUAGAUUUCACAAUGCCUGCUGACACCAUGGCACCCAAAGACAUUAUGACAAACUCACAUGCCAAGUCCAUCUUAAAUACUAUGAACUCUCUGCGCAAGAGCCAGACAUUAUGCGAUGUGACACUCCGUGUAAACAUGAAGGAUUUUCCUGCUCAUCGUAUAGUACUAGCUGCCUGCAGUGAUUAUUUUUGUGCAAUGUUUACCAGUGAGAACGGAAAUAUGGACAUACGGAAACGGAAUGCACACGGAUUAUCAGAGAAAGGCAAGCCAUAUGUGGAUAUCCAGGGACUCACGUCAUCUACCAUGGAGAUCCUGCUCGACUUUGUAUACACAGAGACUGUUCAUGUUACCGUAGAGAAUGUCCAGGAACUCUUGCCAGCUGCCUGUUUACUUCAGUUGAAAGGUGUCAAGCAGGCAUGCUGCGACUUUCUGGAGUCCCAACUUGAUCCAUCCAACUGUUUAGGGAUUCGUGACUUUGCAGAGACUCACAAUUGCUUGGACCUUAUGCAGGCUGCUGAGGUGUACAGCCAGAAGCACUUCCCAGAGGUGGUACAACAUGAGGAGUUCAUGCUGCUGCAGCAAGAGGAGGUGGAGAAGCUAAUCCGAUGUGAUGAGAUUCAGAUUGACUCUGAAGAGCCUGUGUUUGAGGCGGUUAUAAACUGGGUGAAACAUAACAAACCGCAUCGGGAGAAAUCUCUCCCGCAGCUUCUUCAGUAUGUGCGCAUGCCGCUGCUCACUCCACGCUACAUCACAGAUGUAAUAGACACAGAGUCUCUAAUCCGCUGCAGUUUACAGUGCAGAGACCUAGUGGAUGAGGCUAAAAAAUUUCACUUGCGUCCAGAAUUGCGGAGUCAGAUGCAGGGCCCAAGAACGCGAGUGCGCCUGGGAGCUAAUGAGGUGCUACUUGUCAUUGGUGGAUUUGGUAGCCAGCAGUCUCCAAUAGAUGUAGUGGAGAAAUAUGACCCCAAAACUCAAGAGUGGAGCUUCCUUCCGAGUAUUACUCGCAAGCGCCGCUAUGUAGCCACAGUAUCACUCGGAGACCGUGUCUAUGUAAUUGGAGGAUAUGAUGGGCGCUCCCGACUCAGCUCAGUGGAGUGCUUGGAUUACACCUCAGAAGAGGAUGGUGUGUGGUACUCUGUGGCUCCCAUGAAUGUAAGGCGAGGCCUUGCUGGAGCCACUACAUUAGGAGAUAUGAUAUAUGUCUCAGGUGGAUUUGAUGGAAGUCGGCGGCACACAAGUAUGGAACGCUAUGACCCUAACAUUGAUCAGUGGAGCAUGUUAGGUGAUAUGCAGACAGCACGUGAAGGAGCAGGACUUGUUGUGGCCAAUGGAGUUAUUUAUUGUCUGGGUGGUUACGAUGGUUUAAACAUUCUGAGUUCUGUUGAAAGAUAUGAUCCUCAUACUGGGCAUUGGAGCCACGUGACACCCAUGGCCACUAAACGUUCAGGUGCUGGAGUGGCACUCCUUAAUGAUCACAUAUAUGUGGUAGGAGGUUUUGAUGGCACUGCUCAUCUGUCAUCUGUAGAAGCCUACAAUAUUCGUACAGACUCUUGGACAACAAUGACCAGCAUGACUUCACCACGCUGCUAUGUUGGAGCCACAGUUUUACGUGGUAGACUCUAUGCCAUAGCUGGGUAUGAUGGUAAUUCACUAUUGAACAGUGUUGAAUGCUAUGAUCCUCUUAUUGACAGUUGGGAUGUAGUUACUUCCAUGGCAACACAGCGCUGCGAUGCUGGAGUCUGUGUCCUUCGGGAAAAGUGAAAGCAAAGACUGUUAUACUGGAACUGAAUUGUCCUGCUGGUCUGUAGUUGGAAAAAUGUGAAUAUUGACCUUCAGUUAAAUAUAAAACAUGCCUGCCAACCACUGGAGCUUAUUGAAGCUGGCAAAGGUCCUGCUAAACUGUGAAACAAAAGGUGCCUCAUCAUUGUGCCACAGACAGCCGUUCGGUUGUAAAACUUUUGAUAUCAAACUACAUUUCAUUAACAGAAAGAACAACCAUUUUUACUGCAAAACGUUCCGUGGAUGGUGCAUUGCAAGAGACAAGUGUGGUUGUGUUGAAUUUCACAACUCCCCCUGGUGCCAGUCGACACAUACAUGCACGAAUAUGCACUUAAAUGAAUCAUAUAUUGUAAAUAGAAAAUAAAGACUUGUUUAAGACCGUUUUCAUACCUGAGUAUCUUGAUCAGUAUUUCACCUUAAUAUUAAUAAGUCAAAACCGGAUAUGGGUUCAUAACAUGGAAUGCAUUUAUAACUUUCUCUGUUUUAUGCUUCAUUCUUGGUUUUGGUUUACAAAUACUGACCAUAAUAAGCAAGUGCAAAAGUGGCCUAGAAUUCUGUAAGGUAGGCCUCUUUCACAUCAGCAUCUAUUAUUUCUAUUAUCCUGCUCCGUUAUAGGAGCAGAGCAUCAAAAAAAAUGGAUUUGCACAUAACUGAAGCAAAUGCAGAGAACAGACCCCAUUUACUAUAAUGGGAACCAUUCCAGAGAACACUUUUUAGCACAGAAAAAAACUCCUUCAUGCAGGACUUUUUUCCUCCUCUACUUUUAACAAAUUCUAUGACUGAGGCCCCAAAUGGUGCCUCCAAAGUAGAUGUGAACGUAGCCUUAACUGCGACAUGUUAAUGUAAGUUCCCUUAUUCUUAUUUACAGUAUAGUGAAAUCCACAAACUUUCAGGAAUAUUAUACCUGGUUGUUGGCGAGUAAUGGAACAUUUUGAAGAUUUACAAUUGUUGUCGAAUUUGACCAUAAACGGUUGUCAUUAAACAUCUUACAAAACACCUAAUGUAGUAUUUCUCUACAUUUGGCAUGCUGACAAUGAUGCAUACUUGCACUAUGAUGAGAUAAAAAUUGCCUUUGUUUUCCCCAGUACAACACAUUUUCCUGAUUUUGGUAGGACAGGCUGACAAUCUAAAGUGUAUGGGGAGCUCCUGACUACCCCUCCUCUUCACCCCCCACCCCCAAUCUCCCUGAUGAUGUAGAUGAGAGGAGGAUCGGGCUAAUUAUUAUUUGUUUUUCAAAAGGUUUGAUCUUCUAGCUGACAGCUGUUGAUUAUGUAAUGGGACGGCCACACAGAGUUUUUUGGAUGCGCACUUGAGGCAGAUCUGCCUGCUGGAAGUAUAAUAUCUUUCCUUUUAUAUUUCCAAUUCUUUUCACAUCCACUUGGCUUUGCAGAUCUGCUUCAAAACAUUGUCUAAAAAAGUCUGUGUGGCUGUUCCCUAAGGGUACC